UGGAUGCCUUCACACACCGCUAUGUUCGAACUCUUGAAGACCUACUCUGGUACCAAUUAUUUUCCAAUCAUAUGUGGCGGUUUCCUGUCGAUUUUGCUGGUGUGUGCACAUAUAUGGGUCCCCAAGGCAGACAGAGUGGCAGCAACUGACAGACUGUUCAACCGGCCUCUCUAUUGUGGUGUAUUCUUCGAUACAUCAUUGAUGAUGAACAGACGGUCAGAUGACAGCAUCAACACCCAAAAGAGCGAUUCAAGAAACAAAAAGGUAUAUCAUCAUAAUACACCGGAGGAGAACUAUUACAACCAUUAUUCCAAGGUCCCGUUGGUGUACAUCUGUGUCACAAUGUGGCAUGAAACAAAGGUCGAAAUGCUGCAACUCCUUAAGUCGAUAUUCAAAAUGGAUAUGGAUCAAAAUUCGCGUGCACAAGCCCAGGACAUACUUCAGGUCCUGGAUAAAGACUUCUACAACAUGGAAGCACAUAUAAUCUUUGACAAUGCAUUCGGCGACGAAGAAAAAGGAGAAGACAAGUAUUUGGUGAACAGCUGGGUAAAAGAUUUUGUGAGCUGCAUCAACCAGGCAGUAAGUGAAGUCUACUUCUCCAUUACAUGUCUAAAUCCCCCUGUGAGGAUUGCAACACCGUAUGGAGGACGCCUGGUAUGGACAUUGCCAGGGGAAAAUAUUCUAACAGUUCACCUCAAACACAAGGACAAGAUUCGGAUUAAGAAGAGGUGGAGUCAGGUGAUGUACAUGUACUACCUGCUGUCACACAAGAUGAUAUGCGAGCCAGGCAUGACGACAAAAACCCUGAAUAAGAUGACCCGGAACACAUUCAUUCUCACUCUGGACGGCGACGUGGACUUCCAGCCAUCAGCAGUGCAGGUGUUGCUGGACAGGAUGAAGAAGAACGGUCAUGUUGGAGCUGCUUGUGGUCGCAUUCAUCCAAUCGGGUCAGGUCCGAUAAUAUGGUACCAGAAGUUUGAAUACGCCAUGAGUCACUGGCUACAGAAGGCAGCGGAGCAUGUAAUUGGUUGUGUCCUGUGCAGUCCUGGAUGUUUCAGCAUGUUUCGGGCAUCGGCUCUCAUGGACGACAACGUCCUUCGCAAAUAUGCGGAAGAGUCCACAGAACCAAGACAUCGAAUUCAGUUUGAUCAAGGGGAGGACCGCUGGCUGUGUACCCUGAUUCUGCAACAAGGUCACAGAAUAGAAUACAAUGCAGCUGCGGACGCCAAAACCUAUGCCCCAGAAGGUUUUAAAGAAUUCUACAAUCAGCGGCGGCGAUGGACUCCUUCAACAAUGGCAAAUAUACUUGAUCUUCUUCAGUCGUCGGCCACAGCUAGAAGGGCAAACAAUGACAUCUCUCUGCUCUACAUUCUGUAUCAAGGACUGCUCUUUGUUUCAUCUGUGCUGACACCUGGAACAAUAUUUCUCAUCAUAUUCAGUGCCAUUAACACUGCGUAUCCUGAGCUGCCACUGUAUGCGGCCAUGUUACUCAACCUUUUCCCAAUGAUCAUUUUCACCAUACUCAUUUUUACAGCAAAGGACGACAUUCAGAUAGCAUACGCUGGUAUUCUCUCAGUUGUGUAUGCACUUGUGAUGACCAUCGUUCUUGUUGGAGUCUUCAAGCAGAUAGUUGAGAGCAACUUCUGCUCAAUGACUGCUGGAUUUUUCUUGUUUGUCGUUGGUGUCUUUGUACUGGCGGCAAUACUCCAUCCCCAGGAGUUUUUCAAUGUGAUCUACGGUUUCCUCUACUUCCUUGCUAUACCGUGCAUGUCCAUGCUGCUCAUGUUUUACUCCUUUGGGAACCUCAACGUCGUGUCAUGGGGUACAAGGGACAAGGUAGACACGAAUGUUUCCGGGAACAAUAUGUCACAACAGAAGGAGAAGAAACAGUCAGCUAUGCAGGGCAUACUAAAUCGAAUGAAAGGUUCUGAUGACUCCGACUCUGACUAUGUAUUAUCGUUUGGAAAUAUGUUCCGGUGUAUAUGUUGCCCAAGGCCAGAGUUGAGGGAUCACACAACAAAGAUGGAAUUACUGAUUCAGAAAAUGGAGGACUUGGAGUCUGCAUACAGAUACAAGGAUGAUCGUAACGAUGGUUUAAAUGACGACAUUUCGACCACAUCGAAUGAGGGACACGUGCCGUAUUCACAAAUGUCGAGCAUGUUCAAUGGAGGAAUGCGCAUCAAUCCUGGAUAUGAAGCCGAUCCUGAACCCAAGCCAUCCGAGUAUGAUGAAUGGGAUGAGCCACGUUGGAUCAGUGCAACUGCACUAGGUGAAGGGCCAAUUGAAGACCUGUCAGAGGAUGAAAACAGUUUUUGGAACGAACUGAUUGAACAAUACCUCAAACCACCAAAAGAAUUGUCGAAGAAAGAGAAAGACGAUGUUGCUAAUGGACUCACGCAGUUACGGAACACGGUAUGCACCUUUUUUUUCCUUUCUAAUAGUUUGUUCGUCACUCUGAUGUUCAUCUUGGAGAGUGUGUCAGAGUACACUCCAAGCCUUGUGUUUAAACUACCAUGCGACACCGGGAACAGUGGAGCAACUCGGGAGCCUGUUGCCAUUGCCUUCACUAUCAUAUUCGGUGUUCUGCUGUUAAUUCAGUUCAUUUGUAUGUUAGCUCAUCGCUUCUCAACUCUUCUCGCUAUAGCCUCUAUAACAGCGUUCCACUUCAAAUCUGAGAAAUCCAUGGAAAAUAAGAAAGAGAAAGUCAUGUUGGCAAUUGAAGAAAUGUAUAAAGGUGGAAAACAGAUGGACAACAGAAGUGUGAUGUCAGGAGAUUCAAACGUCACUGGUCUUUUCGACACGGUAGGACAGUCACAUAAAAAUCAGUUGAUGGCACGUUUCCUACGGGAUUCUAAAAAACCAGUGGUAGAACAACCAAGGGACCUGAAUACAAUAUUCUUGAACCAUAUGAAGAAGAUAGACGCCAAUAAGGAAGCGAUAAAGAGUGGUGUUGAUGAAUCUAAAGGAGAGGUCUCGCGUGAAGCCAAAAAGGUUUUGCCACUUAUGUCCAGCCAGUCAUUUUUUACCAUAGCAGAGAUGCUAAAGAACGAAGGUCAGGGGAACAGAAUACAAGAAUUAGCUCGUGCCAACUUUAGAAAAGGAUUUGAUCUCACCAGAAAACCAAAACUUAUAAAUGUUGUGAAACAAGCCGUUGACAAGGCGAAACAGAAUGAAGAGACAAAGCCCAAGGUGAGAUUUGAUUCGAAACCACCGAGUCCAUUGGUAUCACAGGAAGACAGAACUACAUCUCCAGGAUCGGGAAACGACAGUGUGUCGGGUGGAGAUGAAGAAUCAAAGCAACUGAAAGUAGACCUCCAUCCAAGCGAGGAAGACAAAGCUACCCGAACCCCGGGGUGGCAGUCGGUGAAGUCAAGUGGACUACUUGGGAGGAUUAGCGACAUGCAUGCCUUGAACAAAGACUCCGACUCAGAAGAUACUUUGUCGGAGAACUCCAUGUUGAGGACUCCUGAUGUUAGAAACCAUGAUCGGGACUCAUAUAUUUCAGUAAAACAUGAGGAAACGAUGCUAUAGCCCUUUGUUAGAGCUACUGAUGACUCUAAUACCACUAUUUCGUUUGGCACAAGACACGUGAGUGAUAUGCAACAGAUCUUCAUUUGAUGUUUACUGUUAUGAAAGGAAUAUUGUUACUUCAUAGGCUGUUAUACCUUGUCGAUACGUGUCUGAGAGGACAAUAUCAGCAUGCUCCAUUAACCACGAACUUUAAAAUGGUCCUGAUUGAUGAAACUUUUGUAUUUCGAUUCCACUGAUAAAACUACUCGAUUUGUUGGUCACAUCUCUACAUAAAUGAUUCCCAUUCUUGGCUACUUUCGAUUCUUUCGCAUACAUGUACAUCUUAUUCAGUUGCUCACAGCUAAUUAUCAACAUUAUUUACUGCACCAAGAUAUGUAAAACAUAAUUACAAUGGAACUACUCGGGAAUUGUGUAUUACUGCUUUUGUUUUCUGAGCACCAUUUCAUUAUAUUAUUUAUAUAUUUGCUGAGUUCAGUUCGUCUGUACAUAUUAUUGUUUUUAUGCUUGUCAACUUAAGGUAUGGCUUUGCUUCUUUGUCAGUCACCAAAUUGUUACAGAACACUUAAGGCACAAUGAUCUCCCUCGACAUUGUCAGCAGUCAAACAUCUUCUUCACCUAAGCUGAUGUAAUAAUACAUCUGCAUGUAAAUCUUGUGAAUAUAUAUGAAAA